AUGGAUGCUGAGAAAGCAAUCCAGAAAUACGAUUUAAAUGUGUCAACCUUUGAUGUUGUCAAGGUUAACGAUUUUAGAAACUAUAAGGGAUCCACUUUGUGGUGGUAUUUUUAUAUGUGGAUCCUUGUAAUUUUAUCAUUAGCCUUACUUGCAGUUGAUAUCUAUUCAUGUUUGAACAUUUUGGUAUUUGACAAAUGGGGCACUCAGGAUUACAAACCCUAUGCCUAUUCUAUUGCCAAAUGGAUCUUUACCGGGUGCAUUAUAUUCCAAUUUGUUUUGCUCCUAUACCAUUGGAUCUGGGCAAUCCACAUAUAUCGCACCAAGAAUAUUGCAUUGGUUUACUUGAAUUCUAUUUGCAAAAGAAUAUACUCAAUAAAGUCCUAUAAUCAUUUUUGUUUAUUGAACAGCAUCGAAGAAGGGAAAUUCUUUGAUAUUUGUUGCUUUUUGACUUACUAUGAGUUGAAUAACGCACCUCAGAUUUUGAUUGCUGAUGCUCCGAGACAAGUGAUCAAUAUCCUAACAUUGAAAUAUUACGCAACCGGAGGUGACUUGAAUGCAGACGUGCUAAACAAUAUCAAAACUAUUGCAAGGACGAAUUUAAACCUUUCAGUUAUCUUGAGUUUCAUGUGCUUAUCUGUGUUCAUUUUCGCCAUAUUCUUUUUCAGAUUUUCAUUUGGCAUAUUGAUGUAUGUUCCCUUGAAAUGUUCGUUGAGAAAUGAAAAACAUAAAACUUUUAAAACUUAUUGCAGUUACUUGGUAAAUAAAUCCGUUUCUCGUGCUGUUAGGUUACAUCAUAAGUCCAAGAGGGAAUUGCUUGACCAGGGUAUUUUGUCGAGAGAGCGCAUUGCCCAGUUACCUGAAUUGGAUCAACAUCCUCCAAACUAUAAGGACUAUACAAGGGUUUACUAUACAAGGACUGAAUCCGAGGAAAGCAUACCAAUGCGUAGCCUCAACCCCAGAAACAUCUCAAAUACAACUAUUGAUUUAAUACCAAAGAGAACUGAAAGCGCACCGUUUUUACAGAAUCAGCCUUCCUUUGAUCACUUUCAACAAUCUCAACAAAUGUACUCUACAUUGAAUAACGAUAGAGCUCCAAUAAUGAAUAAAAGAUUGAGUAGCUUAAAUGAAAGGAGCAGGCAAAACAUUUAUGGUAAAACCAACUUUGCAGCCGCAAGUAUGAGUUCAUUGACCAUGAAUCAGUCUAAUAACGACGACUCUUCAAACACCUGGCAAAAUAUGCCAUCUACAACAAACUUGAUAAAUAAUGAAAAUGGGGACAUUUACGGAUUUCCAAAGAAACCAAAGCGAUCGUACACUUCUCAAAGUAAUUGGGAGGUUGAUACAUAUAAUACCGACUUUCCGGCAACAAAUGCUACACAAGAGGAUCUACUGCUUUCCUCAACUCAUAGCCAUAUUGACAAUCCAACGACUAAUGAAAAUCCAUUCAGAAACAUAAGUCAACACGAGAAUUCCUUUACUCCAGAAUCAUUACAAAAAGCGUCUACUGAACAAUUCCAUAUUGCUAAUUCCAAGAUCUAUCCUAUACAGAGGUCAUUUACUGAUACAGCUGAUGUAGUAACCAUUCAAGAUACCAAUAUUCAUAAUCUGAUACCUCUUUUUGAAGAUGAAUCAUUUGAAAAGCCUUUAAAUUUAGAGGGCCACCAAACAGAUAAUCCGCCAAGAUCCGCUGCUACGGACAAUUUCGAUACAAUAUUAGACGCCUACAAAGAUGAUGAUGAGGGAGAGAUGGAAAACAAUUCUUUAAUUUCAUAUCCUACACAGGGACAGGGACAGGGACAGGGACAGGGAGUCAAUGAUAUCAUACUUCACAGCGACAGCGAUAGUGAUGACAACAUAAAUAGCGCGACAACACCAUAUCCCGUUCGAGGGGUUUCCAAGUAUUUCAAGACUAAAGAAUAA